CUUGCCGGCUAGCAAUGCGGACACCAGCAGCAUCGUCCCUCUGGCUGCUCGCCGCCCUCUGCGGCGCGCGGGCCGACGUUGUCCGUACGUACGGCUACUGCCCCGAGGUCUCCGCCGCCCAGUUUGACCGCGGCUUCGCAGCGUGUGCGCGGCUCUCACUAAACUACACGCGAGGUGACGUAUUACCGCUCGAUAACUCGGUGGAGACCACAGUGACAAACGCGGCGGCGACGGCGGACUGCGGGCUGGCGCUGCCCAGCCUUGGCUCCAGCCCCGCGAACCUCUCGUGCUACAUCCAGGUCUCCAUUGCGCCCUAUGUUGAUGUUGCGGAGCGCAACCUCCGCUUCUACGAGUGCGUCGACGAGGCGGAGGAUCCGCGGCCGGCGCGGUUCGAGAGCGAGAUGAUCGCGGCGAUCAUCGUGAUCGGCCUCAUCUUCCUCCUCCCGAACGCCUGGCUCGCCCUCGUCUGGCUCUCUCGUCCGCGAGCGGAGAGCGGCGUGGCGCCGGCGCCGGCCGGGCCCGCCGCAGAAGGCUUCUCGCUCGCCGAGGCGUCGACGGCGAGCGCGGCGUCCUUCGAGAGCUCGGACGAGCCGGCCGAGCGCGUCAAGCGCGUCUACCUCUCCUUCUCCGACAUACACUACUCCGUCAAGCUCAACGCAUCUGCCCGCGCGCGCGCAAAGGCUGCGCUGCCAAAGGGCAAGGGCAAGCGGCCGCUGCACUGGGACCAAAAGCACGUGCUGCGCGGCGUGUCGGGCGUCUUCGCGCCGGGGUCGCUCUCGGCCAUCAUGGGGCCCUCCGGCUGCGGCAAGUCCACCCUCCUCGACGUGCUCGCCGACCGGAAGAAAGGGGGCGAGAUCGCCGGCGAGGUGCUGCUCAACGGGAAGCGGCGCGACGCGUACUUCAAGCGCGUCUCCGCGUACGUGAUGCAGUUCGACGCGCUCUUCGAGACGCUCACUGUGCGCGAGAUGCUCGCAUACACCGCCGAACUCCGCCUGACGGGUGGCGGAGAGACCAGCCGCGUGCGGGAGGCGGCUGUCGAGAGAGUGAUCCGCGACCUCGACCUGACCAAGGUGGCGGACACGCGGAUCGGAGGCGCCACCCGGCGAGGCAUCUCGGGCGGGCAGGCGCGGCGCGUCACCGUCGGGGUCGAGCUCGUCACGUCUCCGUCCGUCCUCUUCCUCGACGAGCCGACCACAGGCCUCGACGCCUACUCUUCGCUGCUGCUCGUGCGCGCGCUGCGCCGACUCGCCGACUCCGGCCGCACCGUCCUCUGCACCAUCCACCAGCCGCGAGCCGACAUCUUCGCGCUCUUCGACACGCUCCUGCUGAUGGCCGCCGGCAAGGCCGCCUACUUCGGGCCCACAGCCUCCAUCGGAGCCUACCUUGGCUCGCUCGGCAUCCGGCUGCCGUCUGGCACCAACCCGGCUGACUUUGUCGUCGACCUCACCUACGCCAAGGAGCCAGGCCCGCAGGCGGCCUCCGCCCCGUCGCGCCCCGGCCGCUUCAGCAAGCGCUUCAGCCUGUCGGGCACGUCCAAGCGGCUGAGCACCUCCGAGGUGGACGCCGCCGUCGCCGAGCAGUCGUGGCGGCGCGAGCGGUCCGCCUCCCUCUCGGAGCGACUCGUCCUUGAGGCGCUCUCAAGACGCAUGAGCUCUGCCUCGCCGCGCGCCCGCAUCUCCCCCAUCGUCUCCGCCAGCAACUCGCCCGCGCCCGCCGCCUUCGCCGCGCCGCCCGACUCGCCGCCCGAGCCGCCUCGCCUAGAGGACGCUCCGCGCCGCUCUUCGUCCGACAUGAGCCCCCACUUGGCGGUGAUCAAGGGCGGGGCCAAGAGCCCGAGGCGCUCCUCCGCCUCCGAGAAGCGCCCCUCCGCCCUCCUCUCGCCCGCCCUCCUCGCGCCCCCCCUCGCCGAGGGCCUCUCCGCCGGAAGCUCCACCUCCUCGGCCGGAGGCUCCACCGUCGACUCGCUCGUCGACUCGUGGGCGAACUCCGACGCCAACGCGGCGCUCGUGCGCACGUGCGAGCAGCUCGCGCAGAGAACGCUGCCCGGCCUCCCCCCGCCCGUCGACGAGGCCUUCGCGGAGGUGUCGCGCGCGACGGGCGCCGGCCGCUCGCGCCGGACGCGGCUGCUCGAGGGCUUGCUCGCGAGCAAGACAAAGGCGCGCUCGAUCCCGGCGCAGAUUGCGAUUCUGACGCGGCGCGCCUACCUCAAGGGGGUGCGCGACCGCGACUUUUGGUACCGCAUGCUCUUCAUCCCGCUACUGCAGUUUGCCUUUUACGCGAUCCUCUUUGUGUGGACCCGCUCCUCGGGCGGCGGGAUGGCGCCGUAUGACGGGUGGACGCCCGAGGACGACGAGUACAUCACCGUCCUCCACCUCAUCUCGGCGAAGCGGUCCUUCCUCUACCAGACGCUCACCGCGGCGGUCAUCACCGAGACGGCCGUCCUCGCCGAGUGCUACACCGAGCAGCGCGCCUUCCGGCGCGAGCACGCGGCGGGCGGGUACUCGGCCGCGGCGUACCACCUGCAGUGGGCCUUCCGGCUGAUGGCGCAGGCGCUCUGGAAGGCGGUCCUCUUCGGGUCGGUGGUGUACUGGGCGCCGUACCAGUUCGCGCCCACGGCCGAGGCCUUCUUCUACUUCAUCGCCGUCUUCGCGCUGCUCUCGAGCACGGGCUCCGCCUUCUCGCUGCUGAUGAUCUCCUUCAUCCCUGACCCCGAGGGCGCCGGCACCGCCCACAACGCGAUCGUCUCGGUGCUGCUGCAGUUCUCGGGCUUCUACCUGCCGGCGUGCCUCAUGCCGCCCGUGGUCAACAUCCCGUACGUCAUCUCGUUUGGCAAGUUCGCCUUCGAGGGGCUGCUCCAGAACGAGUUUGGCGACCAGCCCUACGGCUCGCGCUGGUCGUACUACGGCUAUCAAUCGAUGGAUCCGGUGCUCUCCAAGUGGACCAACCUCCUCGCCCUCGGCCUCUACCCCUUCGUCUUCCACGCCCUCGCCUUUGUCUUCACCUUUCUGCACACGCGGCCGCGCUCCUUUUGGACGCGGUUCGACUCGGAGGCGAAGCGGGCCGAGCGCGUCGCGCGAGCGCGCCUUGAGCCGCCGCCCGGGUCGAGCGCUCCCCCAACGCAGCAGCUGUGACCUCCUAUCUCCCGGCGGACGCCGGUUGCGAACGAGAUGCGCGUCGUGCGUGUGUGUUUUGUGCGCGUGUGCGUGUCCGCCCAAUUAAAGUAUAAAGAAAAAUGAAACAGAGGCUUAGG